AUGAUUAUUAGUCCUAUCAUCACUUAUGACGCAAUCGUCUGGUGGUCGAGGACUAGAUUGAGCUCUGCAAGGUGUAAUCUUAAUAGACUACAAAGAAUGGUCUGUGUAGCCCUGUCAGGCUGUCUUAGGACCACUCCUACAGCUGCUCUAGAGAGCUUAUUUGGGCUUCUUCCAUUGAACCUAUGCAUUGCAGUUGAAGCUCAGACAGACAGAAAGCGUCUCAUGCACCUUGGUCUAUGGAAAGAGUAUUCCAAAAACUUGUCAUGGGGACAUCUUGUCUCACAAGUGGUGGAUAUACCCUCUUUUAUCAUGCCUAGUGACUACAUGUCACUAAAAGAUGCUUUUCACAAGCCCUUUAAGAUCCAUUUUCCUACUAGAGAAGAAUGGUUUAAUUCUCCUCGGUGGCUUAAAGGCAAAUGUCUAAUAUGGUACACUGAUGGUUCAAAGAUUGGUGCUAAAUCAGGAGCACGGAUCUAUUGCUCCAAUGAUGGUACCAAACUUCACUUUCCCUUGGGAAACUAUGCCACUGUUUUUCAGGCUGAGGUCUAUGCCAUUAUCCUGUGCUGCAAGAUAUGCUUAGAUAAGGGAUAUCAAAACACUACCAUCCGCAUCUGUUCUGACAGUCAGACUGCUCUUCUAUCACUGUCAAGGUACAAAUUCACCUCUUUGUUAGAAUGGGAAUGCUUCACGGUCCUCUGUGACUUAUCCACUCAUAACAAGGUAUCCCUGCAUUGGGUACCUGGACAUAUGGGUAUCGGUGGAAAUGAGCUAGCUGAUGAAGAGGCACGAGCUAGCUCUAAUGCAAUUUUCUGGGGCCCUGGACCUGCACUGGGAAUUUCUCCCACCUCAUUUGGGGCAUCCACUUUCAAGCUCUAUGGCAAAAUUGCCCAUGAGCAAUGGCGCGCUGCUGACGGUCGAGGAGGAAAUCGCGACUGUAGUGUACGUCAAAAAGAGCUUUUAAAGCUUAAUAGAAAUAGUCUACGGAAGAUCAUUGGUCUUCUUACUGGACACUGCAUCCUCAGAAGACACCUAUACAUAAUGGGAAUAGAAUCUAAUUCUCUUUGUCGGGGUUGUCAUCCUGAAGAAGAGACAUCACGACACAUACUCUGCGAUUCUGAGGUCUAUUCUGCUCAAGGAUUUGAGAAUUUAGGGCAACAUUGUGUCAACACCCCGGAACUGCAAGACGUUCCUGUAAAGUGUCUGCUGAAUUUCAUCUCAGCUAUAGGGCUUUCAUGCUAA